GAGCUCGGGAGAAAAGCGGAGACGAGCGGACAUCAUUUCUCUUUCAGCGUCUCUUUGGACUAACCACUCGAAAGCAAAGUGCCGAGAAAUUAUUUUUUAUUCUCGACAAGGAUUAUAAUUUCUACAUCAAUUUAACGAAAUAAAAAAAAAUGGCCGACACAGCUGUUGACAAGACCGCAACUGCAGAGGUAACCGUUAAGGUAGGUUUCAUUCAAUUGCUCUCCGGCUGAGGUGUCGAGUGAAAAGAUUUCGAAAACUUCCAAUUUAAAAGUUGGUGUUUAGUUUGUGUUUUAAGUACAGUAAGCUUCAGUUAAGCAACGUUAAUUGAAAGAUAAAUGUUCCUGUCAACAGUGUUAAAAGAGGGGAAAUUGAGAGAUACCUCAAGUUGUCUUUAAAUGUCACUUUUUUAGGAAAGUAGAAAGCUUAGAGGUGACUUAAAUGAGACUGUGAGGGGUAUUAGUUAACUAUUGUGUCUUAAAAGUCAAUCAACGGUUGUGUGGUUAGUUAAAUGUAUUGUUGAAGCAAACAAAGCGGUAGAAACGAUCCAGCUGGUGAAGCGCUGCUGUGGGCGGGAAGCCUCACAAACCUUCAUGAUACAUUAAAAAACGAGCUUAACAUGACAUGUAAAGCGAAAUUCUCCACUGUAGACUGUUAAAUCACACAUUAAUGCAACUUUUUGUUCAAUUGAGAAGAGAUAUUUAAAAAUUCAUGGCACUAAAGAGUAAACUAUUCACCAAUAAACGUUUGUUUUCACUUUUAAAGGAGCUGAAAGAGAAGAAAGAGGUCGAGGUGGAAGAGGAGAAGAAGAAGACUGACAACGGAGACGCACCUGCCAAUGGCACAGUAAGUUGGAGGGACGAGAAGCAGCAGCCUCAUGGCCUUUUGUCUUAGCAGCCCUCAUCAUGCAGGUGUCGCUGCGCCUCCCCUGCCUCCCUGCCUGCCUCCCCCCCUCCUGUUCAGCUGCUCUCCACCGCUUUGUUUGGGUUCUUGAAACGGCACAGAUGUUAGUGUGCAAGUCUGAGGACGUUUCUAUUGGUGCUCUUGUCAAGCUUGGUGGUUAAUCCCCUUGGGAGUAAUGAGAGCUUCGCACACAUGCCCUUUUUUCUUUUUUAAAGCGCCCCCCAAGGAGUCUAAACAUACAAGACUGUGGGAGGAUUAUGUCAAAUAUGCUUAGGAUUUGUUUUUUUGUUUUUGUUUUUAGAUAUGGUGUUACCUAAUGCACUUUUUUUUUUCUCUAUCCAGAAUGGUGCUGAUCACAGUGACAAAGUGGAGAAAAAUGGAGAGGAGAAACACAAGAAUGGAGAUGGUAUGUUAGUUAACACCAGGUUUGAUGUUAAACAAACAAAACUCGGGCAACUUUGCUUAAAGCCGUAAUUUUUUCCUCUAAUAUGUAAGUAUGUUUCUAUAAAUCUGGUCUUAUUUACAUAAAAUAAAAGGAUUCAUAACUCUUUCUUCAGGAGAUGCAGAGGAGGCGCCCCCUGCUGAGGAGACUGACGCACAGCCGGUGAAGCGUGCAGCUGAAGAAGAGGAGGUGGGUUUUCACCAGGAUGCAAAACUACUAAAGGAACAGGAUUAUUUUUUUUAUUUUUCACGUAAACUAACUCACUAAAUGUCCUCUCUCUUUCAUCAGGAAAAGGUGGAGACAAAAAAGCAGAAGACAGAGGAGAACGGAGAUUCAAAAGAGGCAGAAGUGGAGGCUUAGGUCGAGUCUGCCUUGCUACUUGUUUGCAGCACUGUUUAACCAGCCUGGUCAACAAUUUGUUAUAGAGCUUGUGCUUUCUGUUCCUUUGAGAAAUCUUUCUUUUGUUUGCUCCCACAUUAUCACAUUGCACUGGAGUCCUGAAACAUAGUGGCCCUGCAUCCUUUUUUUACGAAAUGUUAUUUAUUGGUCUUUAAAAUGAGCUUUUUUUUACUUGUAUAAAAAGGGCCACACCAUGAGAUCAGUUUGUUUUUCAUUUCUUGAGGUUUUAUACCAGUAGUAUGUUUUGAAGCACAAUCUCUAUUGUCAGUGCUGACCAGAUGAUUCAUUCAUACAGGCAGCUGCUCACUCCCUCAAAGGCUCAUGUUGACCUCUCAGACUCACUUAAUGGACCAAAGAUAAGUUUUAAGCAGGGGCUAAUGGACAGUUGUUAGCAUCAUUAGUUGAGGCAAAAAUCUUUGUGUUGAGCUGCUACUUAAUCCUUGGCUUGGCUGCCCUGUGUUGAUAUGACAGAAGGUGCAAAUGAAUAAAGGGGCUCUGUAUUGUUCCUCCAUGAUAAGAUAACUUGAGCUUGUAUAAUGGAGGCUGGAUUUUGCUAUGUUAAUUAACCCCUCUUAAACCUUAAAGCUUUGGUCAUUCGUUCUGUAUGCAUUCCACGCAAGUUUGUACCAUUUAUACUUUGUUUUUCUUGUGUUUUCAACGAGUUUUAUGUUAUGGCUGGGUAGCCUAGUUUUGUGUCCAAGACUGCCUUUUUCAGAAACAGAAUGACAUUCGGUUACUUCAGCCACUGCUUUGUAUAUUCUGAUUAAAAAAUAAAAAGUUGUCUUUUUACUAAGUAUA